AUGCUAAAGCUAAAGAGAAGUCCUUUUCAUUCUGUUGUUGAGCAUGAGAUGGAGACUAUGGUCAAAGUACUCGAACAUGGACCUUUAGGAAUCAUAGAGUACAAGUUUUAUGCUGAGGAGAUUGCAAAUGCCAAUUCUACUGUUAAGAAAGCAGUAGAGAAUUGGAAGAGGAAUGAAAUCAUAGAAAGAAAUAGGCCUGUUUUGAAAGAUUAUCUCAAUUAA